CCAGCACGUACCCUCUUUCCUGCCUGUUGCUCCUGUGUUUAGGAACUGUCCGCCAUGCCUCAGUAUCACCUUAUCUACUUCGACGUCCGAGGAAGGGGAGAACUCACACGCUGGCUCCUCGAAUACAGCGGGACGACUUACACUGAGGAGAGAAUUGCGUUCGCAGACUGGGCCGUGAAGAAGCAGAGCGUCCCCACGGGCAAGGUGCCGAUCCUGAUGGUAGACGGCCGCCCGCUGGCCCAGUCCCUCGCCAUCGCCCGCUACUUGGCCAAGGAGGUCGGCCUCGUACCCAAGGACAACCUCGAAGCCGCCUUUGCCGACACCCUGGCCGACACCAUAGCCGAAAUGAUGUCCGCUUUUUAUAAGAACAAGAUGUCGUCAUUGCCAGAGGACGAGAAGGAGAGAAAGUUCAGCGAGGAAAUAAAUCCGAAUAUCAUCCGUCCUCUUCUGGGGGAUCUGAACGAGCACUUGGCAAGCAGGUCGUGGUACUCGUGCGAACAGAUAUCUUGGGUGGACCUGAUGAUAGCUGUCGAGUUCGGAGGCCUCAGGAAGUCCUACCCAAAGCUCCUGGAUGACUUCCCUAAGGUCGCGGGUCACGUGGACAAGGUCAUGGCCCUCCCAAACAUUGAGGCGUGGGUCAAGAGGCGCCCUGACACAUUAUUAUAAGAGAAGAGGACGUUUCUCUGGGACGAUAAAGAAAUUUGAUGUGUGGUUUUCGAUAGGAUUUCGAUGAAUGUUUUUCUAUGAAAUGUUUUUUAUUAUUAUUAUAAUCGCAAUUGACAUGAUUGGCAAGUUUUAUAAGCUUAAUAAUUUUUGUUGUUGACUGGUUAGCAAUUACGUGAACCUUUUCACCAUAAGUUAAUAAAAAAAAAAGCUUUAUCUACUCAUCGGCAAUUAUAUCGUACUUAUGUAUUAAUAAAUAAUAAUGAUGAUGUGCAAUACUUAUCGCGAAAAAAAAAUCGUAUUACCAACCAUAGGGGCUAAAGAAAACGAAAUUCCAGUGGGAAACUAUUAUACGAAAUAAAGAGUAAAUAAAGUAUUUCAUAGAA